CCGAAUAAGAGUUUUUCGCGCGCUAUUAGUAUCCGAUAGCCUAAGUCACGGUAAACGAGAUACGUGACAACGCGAGUGCGUAAGUUCCGUGCUGUGCACGUUAAAGCGGCGUGUUUCGCGCGUUCGGCAUAACCAUCUCUUCGUUAAGAGAGUUCGUGCGUGCGUGCGCCGGUGAUAACAAUCACCUUUAAUCAACCGAAUGCGAGUAGGUUGAUUCUUCCCAAAAAAGAUAAGUGCGUUUACUCGUUUGUGAACAAGCGCCGCGUUCGGGAUAAGUGUGACACAAGUGACACCAAGCUUAUUAAUAAAGCAUACUGUUUGUUAUUUGUUACCAAAACUAUAAGUGUUAUCUCUCACUUACUUGCAUAUCAGACAGAGCGUCCGAUCCUGAGUCCGUGUGAUUCCUGGCAACCUGAAAUAUAGAGAUCCUAUAAAAAACGGGACCGGGGAUAAACCUGAAAUAAAAAUACAUACUUACCUGGCGAAGUUCCUGUGGGACAUCCAAGGCAAUCCUGGGGACGAUCCUGAGACGACGGCGGCACCUGAAAGAAAAAGAGAAAGAAUUAGUAAUAAGUUCGUUUGAAGUUCGUGUGUUGUGAAUUUCCUCUGGGAUUUACUCAAGCUAGUGGUAGCUCUCCUUCCGACGGAAGCAACACCGAACGUGCGUUCCGGCGUUCCUGAGCAGAGCGACGAUCCCGGAACAUUACACCUUGCCUCUUGAUAAGGAUAAAGGGGCUGGCGACUGAAAACCUGCAACGAAAGGUUUGUGAGUCUUGCUUUUGUCCAAAUUCGUAAGUCACGUCAUUCGGUAUCCGGUCACAACCUUGUAACCGCCCAGAGGGGACCACGAGACCGAGGAGCAGCGGAGCGAGCCAGAGGGUGCAGCCGACCUGAGGGGAGCAACAACGUCAACCCCGAAGUCCACCAGACUCGAGCGAAGCGUGAUUCGAACAACCAGCGUUCGUCUAAAAAGGUUGGGCGAAGCAAAAUCAUAUACAGACAACAAAUAGCGCGAGAUAGAGUCAUGUUUAACGCGCUAGUCGACCUUAUUCUUUUUAUACUGUUUUAGUUAUGUGUACUAUUUUCAUUUAUCUAGUCGUAAAAUACGAUAUAUUGUUUAGUAUCGCGAGAUAUAAAAACGCGACCAAGUUCUGUUAAGCGCGAAAAGAAAUCGCGUAAAGAUAAGUCUAUUAUUAUUAACAUGCGUGAUAACAAUAAGUUCAUGCGAAAAGUUAUUUUAGUUUAUUAGCGUAAAACGCGCGAAUUCAUUUAUAUUCUAUUAGUUUGAGCGUACGUAUUCGAUACCUAUUUUUUGGGCACAUAAUAUGCCAGAGCUGUCAAGUCAGCUAUUAAUUUAUCAUUUUGUUUUAGUUUUCUCAAUACUAUUUCGUUUAAAUAUUUCAUUUCUCGUAGCGUACGCGUAUUCUAUGUUUUUUACUAUAUUAUAACCUUAUUUAGCGUUAAAGUUAGUCAUAAGUCAUUUUUAUGUAUUCUGCAAGCAAAGUAUGUAAAAGUGCAGAAGGUGGCACUGCAAAGUGCAGAUGCCAAGUAAGGUUUAAAGACCUGUUGAAAUAAACAAAGUUAAGAUAAGGUACAGAUAGUGGCACCUAAAGUGCACGUACCAGGUCAGGUUAAAUACCUGUAACAUAUAAAAUCAUAAAAUCAGUAAGUUAAUUUAAGUACAGAUGGUGGCACGUAAAGUGCAGGCACCAGGUCAGGUUAACUCCUGACAUAAUAUAACGUUAGAGGUCAGGUACACAAAGUACCGCAACCGCACUUCUCAGUGCGAUCGUAGACCCAGAACAGCGAGGAAAUGUCCCAUUGGCUGAAGGAUCAGUGGAGGGGAGAGCAGGAGACUACACCAGCUCGGAGAGCAGCCAUUGGCCGCAGGACGACAGAGUGGGAAGCGCGGGAGCCAGCGAGCGACGCUAUCACCCCAUUGGCCAGCAUCUCUGGAGGGAAGCUCAUCUCAACGCUGAUUGGCCGAGACAUCGCCGACAUCCUACAUUAUAUAAUGGGGUACCACAGUACACCAUGAGCUUAGUCUAAUCCCAGUUCUCGAUGGGAAAAGACCUCCGCGACUUUAAUUCGCGUAUACAAAAGGUCGAAGACCAAGUUCCGCGGGAGUGCACUCGCGUAACGAAAAGUGCAGCACCGAAUGCGAGUAGGUGCAGCAGAAAAGAUUUUCUGCAUACGUAGCGAUGAUUAAUCGUGCGAAAUCCGUACUCGACGAUAAUUUAGCGUCGCGUCCGAGAACUAUUAUAUUAAUUGGUGACGGGAGAAUUACGAAAGUGUCGUACACGAUUGUGAAGGAAGCAUCGCGUACGGGAGUUAUGUUAAAGUAGGUUAAGUGUUUGUUUAAUAAAUUCUAUAAGUGUUUAACGAAAUUAUAACCUACUUGGUGAUUUAUUACUUACCUGCAAACGUACCUGCAUGUGAUCCACGACGGCGAAUCCUGGGAGAUCCUGAAAAUAAAAAGCGUUCUAUCACAAUCCGGGAGCGAGGGGUUUUCGUUCUGAAAUUAAAUUUACUCACCUGAGCGUAUUCCUGGAAGGACGACGACGAAUCCUGGGCAAUCCUGACGAUCCAGCAGCGGCGGCAGCAGCACCUGAAAAUAAAAGGAGAAAAUUAGUAAUAGUGAUACGAUUCGUUAAAGUGAAAGUGUCCUAUUGAACUUCGAGUGGAUUACUCAUCUCGGAAGUGUCAACCACCUUCCGACGGCAGACGCGGGUCAGGCUGAAGUAUCCCGACGGCUGCACAACCUUGCUUCUUGACAGGUUAAAGGAGCUGGCGACCAGACAGAGACGCGAGAGCGGUUAUUCCGAAAGGUUUGUGAUUCAUUAUUUUCCUGUUGCAAAUUCUUUUUCCACCUCACGCUCGCGAUCGGUUACAGUGAAGUGCGCGCGUUUACUAUCUGUUAUAAGGGCUUUGUAAAUUCAGUGACGAAGUCCGACGCCCCUCGAUAUUCCUCAGGCGGAUCGCGCAUACGACGAUUUAACCUAGUUAAUUCAAGGUUCAUCUAACCCACCAUAAAUCACAUGGCGACCGUGACAGGACUUGACUAAGCCGAUAUUACUAAUCGCGAGUGAUCUCGUUAAAAACGAUUACCCGGUUUACAAUAGAUCAAGUUAGUGGAUAGCUGGCGUGCGUAUAUUUUAAUUUUUUUCUUUUCAUUGCAAUCGUAAACGAAUAAAAAGUGAGUUUCGGAAAAUUUUGUAAAAGUCAUGAGUUCUGACGACGGUAAGGCAACAGAGCGUGAUUAUACGAAACCACCGGUACAACACACGCCUAAAAAACCAACAAGCGAAGACCGUGUUACUAGGUCAAAAACAAAAGCAGCGACGGAAACCGCGACACGAGUAGUGAGCGAAAUGGACGUCGAACGUAUAAAUAAAAUUCUCGAGGAAAACGAAGCUCUUAAAACACGUCUGCGUCAACGCGAAUUAACAGACGAGAGUGAAGUUGCUAUGCCGAGAAACGAUGAUAUCGUGUUACUUUUAGUGGAUAUUCGUAAUAGGUUAGAAAGUCUAGAAACGCGUAGUAAACAAUGUUCGGAUAAAGCCGAGAGUGCGAGUAACGUCGAACGUGCUUCGCCAACACCGGUUCACAACGUUACAUUGACGCGUGAUAUGACGACCGACCGAGGCGAUAACGCAAUCAUGCACGCUAAAUUACCAAAAGGGGGGUGGCUGAAAAAUCCCUUCGACGAGCUUCGAUAUUACGGGAAAAGCGAUACUCAAAACCCUCUAAAAUUUUUUAAGAAAUUCGAGAAAAUAGCAGCGUACGAGGAAAUAGACGAGCGCGAGCAAAUAUAUUUUUUCGGGAAAUGCAUGCGAGGCACAGCUUCAAAUUGGUUUGACGUGCGAGAACCAGAAAGUAUUAGCGAAGCGAAAGCGAGUUUCGUAGAUUACUUCUGGGGCGACGAGCAGCAAGCCAGAUUUCGUGAAGAAAUAUACACGGGAUCUUAUAAAACGAAUGAUAAAUUGUCCAUGGCAGAAUAUGCGCUAGAUAUGGCAAAACGAGCCAAGCAUCUAGAUCCACCGAUGUCCGAGACGGAGAUAAUUCGUAACAUUAAAAGACAUUUCGGAAAAGAGAUUUCACGCGAAAUAAGGCCAACGACAGUCAGAAAUAUCGAGGAGUUCGCGAAAUUACUCGACGACCUCGAAUACGAAAUGCGUCGUGAGAAAAGCACAAAGGCACAGAUCGUAGCAACAAAGGCACAAGCGCUGAAUAAAACAGCGAAAGCUGAAAUUAAAAAUAAAUACGCGAAACCGGAAGUUAAACCCGAAACUCGUGUAAACAACGUUGAAGCGACGGAGACUCAGCGACGGAUGACGCCGGUUGUAAACAAACGCCGUUACCAAGCGAGCGACGAUCGUGUAUAUAGUCAACGCGCAACGGGAUCCGAGUCGUGGAAACAAAACAAUACUAAGCCGAACAAAGAGGCUUACGAAGAAAGGAAAACGCGAACAGACUAUAGACAGUCGAAACGCGGGAAGGACAUGUCAGAAUCGGAAAGCGAGGAUAACGCGGUAGGAACGGAAGUAGUCUUGUACGAUCGAAAGGUCGCCAAAAAGGCGAUUAAAAACCUGAAGUCACGCGAGUCUAGAAAUCCGAGUACCGAAAGGAAAGCCUAUAAACUGCCGAACGUGAAAUCAAAGCGCGAGGUAGCCGCGAUAACAUCCAAGCAACGAAAAACCGAGGACGAGUGUAAAGGCGAAAGCGAAGCAUUAAGCGACGUUGAGGAUAGAAAGGUAGCGAUUAUUCGUACGAGGGAACUCAUACGCGAUUUAGAAGAGGUGACGAAACAAGAUCAGAGCGCGGAUACAAAAAAGCCCAAGCCUUACGUAAGGGUGAAAAUUGGAAACGUUGCAUUAAAAGCACUGAUCGAUACGGGAGCACAAAUUUCAGCGGUAACGAAGGAUCUCUAUGAUAAGCUAUCUACCGAAGCGAUCGACAUGCGAGUAAUUCCAAUCAAGCAGUUCGUUUUGCGAGGAGCAUUUAACGACAAGGGACAACCCAUAGCGAAUCGCAUACAAAUGGAAUUUCAAAUAGAAAACGAAAAGUACACGCAUGAAUUCUACGUUGUUAAAAAAUUAACGUAUGAAAUGAUACUUGGCUUUGAUUUUCUCAAUGAACAAGCAGCAGUCUUGAGAUGCAGCCAAAGUAAAUUCCACUGCGAAUUUCAUAACGAGACGAACAAAACGUCGAGCGAAAGUCGUGAAAAUAUCAACGCAAUUAACGCGGAUGAAGCGACAACGCACUUGAAUAAAUUGAUCGCAAAAUACAGUAAGUUGUUCGAAGAAAAAAUUGGACGCGUGACACACUACGAACAUAACAUCGAAAUGAGGACGGACAAAGCUUUCAAGUCAAAGACUUAUCCGAUUCCAGACGCACAUCGCGAGAGCGUGAGAGAACAUAUUUUAGAUCUCGAGAAAGAAGGAAUUAUUAAACGCGAAGCGACCGAGUAUGUAAACCCACUCGUAGUUGUAGUCAAAAAGACGGGCGAGAUAAGAUUAUGCCUGGAUGCACGCGAAUUGAAUAAGAAGAUGAGCAACGACCACGAUCAACCUCCAACGAUUGACGAAGUCUUUCGAAGAAUAGGAAGCAGAAAGUAUUUCACCACUUUGGAUGUGGCAAAAGCCUUUUGGCAGAUCCCAUUAAACGAACAGAGUGCCAAAUACACUGGAUUCUUAUUUGAUAACCAAACGUAUGUUUUCAAAAGAUUACCUUUUGGUCUGAAAACGGCAGGAGCAUCUUUCACCAGAGCGAUACGCAAAGCUUUGGGUGACAAGUGUGACUCUUUUACUAUUGUCUAUUUGGAUGAUAUAUUGAUUGCAUCAAAUACGAUCGAAGAACACCUGUUUCAUUUAAACUACGUUCUAAAAAGACUUGAGAAAGUCGGAUUUAAAUUAAACGCAAGUAAAUGUGAGUUCAUGAAAACAGAAAUCAAAUUUCUGGGACAUACAUUUGACGAGAUAACAGCAGAGAUGAAUGAGGACACCAAAACGGCAAUAAAAAACUUUGCGAGGCCAAAAAACAAGAAGGGCAUCCAAGCUUUUCUAGGUCUUGUAAAUUGGGACCGAAGAUUCAUCAAAGGUCUAGCCGAGAAAACGAAACCUCUAGAAAAUCUUUUGCGCAAAGAUACUAAAUUCGAAUGGGGAUCAGAACAACAGAGAGCGUUCAAUGCUAUCAAAUUGGCAUUCGACGAGGCUGAAAAACUCUACGUAAUAAAAGCUGAUCGCAAAUUUGGAAUGUACAUAGAUGCAUCAAAGUACGGACUAGGAGCGAGACUGUACCAGUACAAAGACUCCGAACCGGAUAAAAAAUACACUAUUGCAUACGCGAGUAGAUCGUUGAAAGGAGCCGAACUUAACUAUACAGUGACUGAAAUAGAAUGCCUAGCACUCGUAUGGGCGCUUAAAAAAUGGCACACCACGUUACUGGGGCGAAAAAUCCAAGUACAUACUGAUCACCGCGCAUUGAAAUUUUUGAAAGCCAGUUCAGCAGACAGUAGCAGAAUAGCUAGAUGGAUCUCAUUUCUCAAUGAAUUUGAUCUUGAGAUAUGUCAUGUGCCUGGUAAAGAUAACAAGUUAGCCGACACGCUAUCCCGAAACAAUAUCGAAAACGGAUACGCAAAAAAAUCGUGCAACACUAAAACAAUCGCGUUAAUUCAACAACCAAACGACAAAACGGAAACAACCGAAUGGGUCGAGUUAAUCGAAAACGCGCAAAACGAAAAUGAUGACUUACAACUGAAACUCGUAGAAGAGCCAGAUCGUUAUUUCGUUAGAGAUAAUUUAAUUCGAGUUCUGACAAACGACGGAGAACGUAUUGCGAUUCCGGAUAACGUUAGAUGGCGACUCGUAAAACGAAUACACGAAUAUAUUCUACAUUUCGGAACGGAUAAAACUGUAGAAUUCGCGAAACAAUACUUUAGUAUAAAUAGUCUCGAAAAGCUAGCCAGAGACGUAGUAGCGUCGUGUUAUAUCUGUCAAGCAACGAAGUAUUACACUCGUGCAACGCGCGGCGUAGAAUAUUUCGAUUUGCCUGAAAAACCGGAGCAAACUGUGUCACUUGAUAUUUUUGGUCCAUUACCACAAUCGAGUAAAGGUAACAAGUACGUAUUAGUUAUCAUGGAUCAAUUUUCUAAAUUGACUAAAUUUUAUGUCAUGCCAAAUCAAAAAUUAGACAUAAUAUUAGAUAAAUUACAGUUAGAGUAUUUUAACGAAAUCGGUAUACCUGAUACUAUUUUAACUGACAACGGAGGACAGUUUAUUACUGAUCGGUGGAAGGAAUUUGCACGGGGGAUGGGAAUCCAAAUUAGGAAAACCUCUCCCUACAAUCCUCAGUCAAAUCCUGUAGAAAGGGUCAUGAGAGAAAUUGGUCGUAUCAUACGCGUAUAUGCAUCUGAACGUCAAGUAAGAUGGGAUAAAAUUAUAAAACGCGCCGAAGAUACAAUUAACAGUACCGUUCACACAAGUACUGGAUACAAGCCUAUUCAGUUGCACAAGAAUCAAGACAAUCUGCUAGUCUUAGACGAUCGCCUGAAACCACGAGAGCCAGAAUCAGACGAAGAGGACGACACCGUGGAAACAAGGAUACAACGAAGAGUCAUACAAGCGGCAGAGGUUCUUAGAAGAAGGGCAGAGAAAAGAAAAGUGCAGACGGACAAACACGAGGAGGCAAAACCAUUCGAGGAAGGGGACCAAGUCUGGAUACGAUUACAUCGUCGAAGUGACGCGUCAAGAAGGCUAACCCGAAAGAUACACCUCGUAUACGAAGGACCUUACAUAAUCGGAAGAAUAAUUCGUCCAAACGCCUACCUAGUGGUUGACGAUAACAACCAAGUAAUUGGAACAUUCAACGCGAGGCAACUAAAGCCGCAUCGCGAAGCAAAAAUGAUGGACCCUGUUCAAAUACAAGCAAUGGAAGAAGAUCUCCAAAGGAAAGAAAAACCUCAAGAAAGAAGAAGACGACAUCGACAGAAGAUCGACGAAGCAUUGAUCAAUAUGAUUGAGAUCAUUCAACCUGAAGCUAUGAGUGACAAAAGUCUAAAUACGCUUGAAACUACUCAAUUAGUUGAGGUAAGCCUUUCGCAAAGCGGAAAUUUGCAACGUGAUUUUGAUACAAAAAACGAAGUCACGAAGGAAGCAGUUAAACAUGUCAAACGUCGAAGAAGACAAUUUAUUAGUGAAAAGGGUAUGCGAUAUAUAUCCAGAAUCAGAAAAUUACUGUCUGGUGACAUAAAAGCACAUCAUGUCAUGGGACAAGUGAACGAAAUAAGAGUAAACAUUAUUAUGGAUACUCGAGGCGAGUUUAACGUCAUAACAACAAAAGCCGUCGAGAAAAUAGAAGAACUAUCUGAGCAACUACCCAGAACAACGCAAUCAAGCGAAAUACCAGCCUAUUUGAAACGGGAGAGAUACGCAAAGAUAGAAGCCGUGAAGAUAAAUGUACAAGUGUUCGGGAGAACGAUAAAAAUCGAAGCGAUGGAACUGGAGGGCGACGAAGCAUGUCUGAUACUUGCAAGGAACGCGAGGAGACAACUAGCUAACCAGAUCAGAGAAUCAAGAAAUCUGCCAUCGAAAAGUCCAAACGAGAUACACAAAGUACAAUCUUCAAAUACGAAAAGAAAGCGUCACGAGGAAACAUCCGAAUUGGAACGAUGGGACUCGAAGAAAUCGAAAACUGUCAUGCAACAGUGGGAAGAACAAAUGUCACGAAUGAGGGACAAACUAACUCAAUGGGAGGCGAUAUCAGUGAUAAGUCGACCCGAAGAGAGAACUAUUAGUCAAGAAAACAUAAUGACUAAAGUACACCUGAGACCCACGACAGAUAAAGAACAAUUACAAGAAACAAGUGACGAGAGUCAAGAAACCAUACCGGGGACUGUAGGGCCGAAGACGAGUAAAAGGGUGCCGAAAAGUCGUGUAAUCUGUCAGAAAACCACGCAAACAUCAACCUGUACCGAGAUAAACGACGUACCUAAAAUAGUAAGCUUAGCAGAAAUCCGAGGGAGGUCAGACGACGAAGUCAAAGUUUUAACGAGCAAUCUAUCUACAGUCAACGCAAAAGACGAAUUAAAUGACGCAAAAGAUAAACCUGCUCAAAAGAAAAACGCAAAUCAUAAUGAAAAAUCUGUACAAGAUAUAAAGUGCAGAAAGGUGACACCUAAAGGUGCACCUGAUCAAAGUUUCUCUUACAACUAUAAGUUACAGCUGAAACAAAAUCAAAAUCGAAUUACGAUUAAUAACAAUAAAGAACGUGAAAAAACCGAAUCUGACAUAUCAGAUGAUUCGAGGAAAACGAUUGAAUUAAUAAAGCUAAGUGAUAGCGAAGAAAGCAGUCAAGGUGAUGUAAUCGAUACAUGCAUCAUUCCAGGAAAGUUUAGCUACAUAAAUGCUGACGACCUCAUCGAAAAUAGCAGUAAUGAGUUGCUAGUACAAAAUAAUAGUAAUUCAAGCUAUGAAAUAUACGAAAUAAAGCCGAACCUUAAACAAAACGAAUGGUUCGCAAAUAAAUCAUCGAUUCAGAUCGAUUACGAAGAUGCUAGCGUAGCAAAAGACAAUUACAACGUGAUUGGCUCAAGCUUUCACAAGCCGACCAAUCAGACGAAAACUAACAACCAAUCAAAAUCGUCAAACAAAGGCGAGCCCGUAGCUAUAAAACCACAGCCCGACGAGCGACAGCAGUCAAUAUCACAUCGACACGCGAAGGGUAAACUUCAUCCUAACGAAGUAAGACGCGAAAUAAUAAGUAGCAAACAGCAAAGUGCACCAAGUGCAAGUAAAAGUGCAUCGAAGAUCACUUAUAAACACAGUUCUCAUAAACGAAAGAGAAACAUGGAGUUGGAGAAUGAAGAAAAGGAAGCUAUGAAGAGAGCGACCGCAAGCCUUCUCUAUGAAAAACUAAGAAAGAAGAAAAGACGCAGGAUCGCGUACUUAAAAAGUGUAACAAUAGAAAACAAGGCUACAAGAGAAAAUCUCGAGCCUGAGCAAGUUCAAGAAAUGCUCAAAGCUGACGAAGAGCAAGCGGACGAUAUGUUCGAAACUCUGAAACGCAAACACGAAGAAGCCACUAAUAUCGACAUGCUAGUAGAUAUAGCAAACGUAUCCCUAGCAGGCAAACAUGUCGCAACGAUCAAAACAAUGAUCAAUAUAGAAACAAUCGAAAAUUUCGAUAGGGUAAACAUCCCACCCACACGUCUAACUAUUGACAUAGUUAAGGGUGAAAUUAAAGUAAUAGCCCGAGAAUGCGGAAUGCAUAUAGUGCAGCAAAGUACUGUACCUGAUUCAGAAAGUGCAGCUGAGGACACGCAACCACAACAACCACAACAACUCGAAGAGGAAGAUGAAGAAGCGAUGGAUGAACAACCGAAGCUAACCCCGAGUGAAAGCAGCGAACAACCACAAGCUGAAAAAGAAAAGCGUACACCUCAAAAGAAACAAAUGCACGAAAAUAAAGAAAACGAAACGUUUUCUAGCAGCAUCUCUGAAACCUGCAAAACAUCAAAGAGAACUGCAAAGAUAAUCAGGAUUGAAAAUCCAAAGGUAUUAUCUGUGACAAAGAAAAAUAAGUCAUGGGUAGUCCAAAACAAACAAAGUCCUGAAAAAGUAAUAUUAAACAAAAAGAAGAAGAAAAGUACACCUCUCAUCGAAAGUGACGAAUCAGCUGACGACCCAGAACCGCCGACUACACCUGGAAAGGAACUCAAUCUGCCCAUAAAGGCCAGUUUAAGUCCUUUGGCGCGGGUGGUGAAACCGCCCAGAGGGGACCACGAGACCGAGGAGCAGCGGAGCGAGCCAGAGGAUGCAGCCGACCUGAGGGGAGCAACAACGUCAACCCCGAAGUCCACCAGAUCUGAGCGAAGCGUGAUUCGAACAACCAGCGUUCGUCUAAAAAGGUUGGGCGAAGCAAAAUCAUAUACAGACAACAAAUAGCGCGAGAUAGAGUCAUGUUUAACGCGCUAGUCGACCUUAUUCUUUUUAUACUGUUUUAGUUAUGUGUACUAUUUUCAUUUAUCUAGUCGUAAAAUACGAUAUAUUGUUUAGUAUCGCGAGAUAUAAAAACGCGACCAAGUUCUGUUAAGCGCGAAAAGAAAUCGCGUAAAGAUAAGUCUAUUAUUAUUAACAUGCGUGAUAACAAUAAGUUCAUGCGAAAAGUUAUUUUAGUUUAUUAGCGUAAAACGCGCGAAUUCAUUUAUAUUCUAUUAGUUUGAGCGUACGUAUUCGAUACCUAUUUUUUGGGCACAUAAUAUGCCAGAGCUGUCAAGUCAGCUAUUAAUUUAUCAUUUUGUUUUAGUUUUCUCAAUACUAUUUCGUUUAAAUAUUUCAUUUCUCGUAGCGUACGCGUAUUCUAUGUUUUUUACUAUAUUAUAACCUUAUUUAGCGUUAAAGUUAGUCAUAAGUCAUUUUUAUGUAUUCUGCAAGCAAAGUAUGUAAAAGUGCAGAAGGUGGCACUGCAAAGUGCAGAUGCCAAGUAAGGUUUAAAGACCUGUUGAAAUAAACAAAGUUAAGAUAAGGUACAGAUAGUGGCACCUAAAGUGCACGUACCAGGUCAGGUUAAAUACCUGUAACAUAUAAAAUCAUAAAAUCAGUAAGUUAAUUUAAGUACAGAUGGUGGCACGUAAAGUGCAGGCACCAGGUCAGGUUAACUCCUGACAUAAUAUAACGUUAGAGGUCAGGUACACAAAGUACCGCAACCGCACUUCUCAGUGCGAUCGUAGACCCAGAACAGCGAGGAAAUGUCCCAUUGGCUGAAGGAUCAGUGGAGGGGAGAGCAGGAGACUACACCAGCUCGGAGAGCAGCCAUUGGCCGCAAAGUGGGAAGCGCGGGAGCCAGCGAGCGACGCUAUCACCCCAUUGGCCAGCAUCUCUGGAGGGAAGCUCAUCUCAACGCUGAUUGGCCGAGACAUCGCCGACAUCCUACAUUAUAUAAUGGGGUACCACAGUACACCAUGAGCUUAGUCUAAUCCCAGUUCUCGAUGGGAAAAGACCUCCGCGACUUUAAUUCGCGUAUACAAAAGGUCGAAGACCAAGUUCCGCGGGAGUGCACUCGCGUAACGAAAAGUGCAGCACCGAAUGCGAGUAGGUGCAGCAGAAAAGAUUUUCUGCAUACGUAGCGAUGAUUAAUCGUGCGAAAUCCGUACUCGACGAUAAUUUAGCGUCGCGUCCGAGAACUAUUAUAUUAAUUGGUGACGGGAGAAUUACGAAAGUGUCGUACACGAUUGUGAAGGAAGCAUCGCGUACGGGAGUUAUGUUAAAGUAGGUUAAGUGUUUGUUUAAUAAAUUCUAUAAGUGUUUAACGAAAUUAUAACCUACUUGGUGAUUUAUUACUUACCUGCAAACGUACCUGCAUGUGAUCCACGACGGCGAAUCCUGGGAGAUCCUGAAAAUAAAAAGCGUUCUAUCACAAUCCGGGAGCGAGGGGUUUUCGUUCUGAAAUUAAAUUUACUCACCUGAGCGUAUUCCUGGAAGGACGACGACGAAUCCUGGGCAAUCCUGACGAUCCAGCAGCGGCGGCAGCAGCACCUGAAAAUAAAAGGAGAAAAUUAGUAAUAGUGAUACGAUUCGUUAAAGUGAAAGUGUCCUAUUGAACUUCGAGUGGAUUACUCAUCUCGGAAGUGUCAACCACCUUCCGACGGCAGACGCGGGUCAGGCUGAAGUAUCCCGACGGAUGCACAACCUUGCUUCUUGACAGGUUAAAGGAGCUGGCGACCAGACAGAGACGCGAGAGCGGUUAUUCCGAAAGGUUUGUGAUUCAUUAUUUUCCUGUUGCAAAUUCUUUUUCCACCUCACGCUCGCGAUCGGUUACAACCUAACCUAACCUAACCUUGCAGCCGACGGCUACAGCCGCCAACGCACCGAUCCGAGACCUGUCCAUCAACAUCACAAGGAUGAUCCCGACGCCGACGAACGGGCGGACGACGGGAGACGACGGAGCUCAACCCCGAUGCAGAACACCGCCGACGUCGCCGAGAAAGCGAGCGAGCGAGCCAACGCCGACGCCGAAGACGACGGAUCAACCGAGCGGACAGGUAGACGAGCCGGAUGACUCACAUCCGCACCCGGACGCCGAGACAGCCACCCUACGAGGGGGACAGCGAGAUGACAGUGAGGAGGAAUUACCCCCCGCAUCUCAGUUCAUUGAGAUGUAACAAAAGACUUUGCGAGCGUUACAUCCCGCGUACGACAAGCGCGAUAUUCAAUUAUGUUAUUCCGAAAAGAUUUAUUCAUUUUGUUAAUUAUAUUUUAAGUUAGCUACGCGUAGAGGCACCGCGUAAAACGCCGAAGCCGAGCGAGCGAGCAUGCGUGUGUAUGUGUGUGAGACCGCGUAUGCGAAGCGCUAUGCGAGAUAACGUUGUAACGCAAAUAUUAUUAUUAAAUAUAUAUAUAUUUUAUACGUGUGUGAAAAUAUCAUAUUCUAUUAUUAUAGUUAGUAUCUUACGCGAAGAAGCGUUGUUUGUACUAUUCAUAUUCCAUUUAUUAAGAUAAAGAUACAGUAUGUUAUUCUAAACAAUUUUAUUAAAUAUUAUAAAUAUUCCCGACCCGCAUUGCAGGGCCCGCGACGAGAUUAUCGCCGUGAAUCGGACGACGUUGCGAAGAACGCCUUACGAGCAGGCAACCCGACUUGCUCAAGUGACAGGUCGAGGUUAGGUUGCCCAUGGUAUAGAGACGGGCGAGAUAACAUGUACCACAGGCGCAUUGCCGAGCGCAUAAUCAUUGAGAUUCCAACUUCGGUAACGCUGUAUUUUACAAUACAGUGGUUUAAUAGAAUUUAUCAUGUAUUUAUAAUUAUUACAAUCUCAGAGAGACCAAUGGGAAUGUCAGUGAUUACGUGGGAAGUAUACGAUAGUACCGUGGAUAACACGGGAUAAUUAUUAUUCAUUUUGUUUUGUAUCGAGUCUAUUCAACUCGUAGAUUAAUUAUUUUAUCCUUUUAAUUAAGCUUACGAAGGCUCAGGUCCACCAGCCAAUCAGAACGCUCAUUUUCUUAAAUGAGUGAUUACUCCCAUCAGGAGAGCGAUAAUUAAAAUCGCUUAAGUAACUUUUCUUUAUAGACGCUACUUGUUAUAGCGCACAUGAUUUCGACGAUGUACGUCGAGAUAAAUAAUUAACGCAAAGACCUGAGGCUUUAACUUUGCGUUCAAACAUACCAUAAGGUAUAGAACGCCGUGGUGUCGAUAUGCGCAUGCGACCCCAUGGCGUGCGAGCGAGAGGGACGCUUUGUAUGAGUGAGAUAACCUCUCGAUGCUCGCCGAUUGGCGAAAGAACAAUGCAUGGUAACAACGAGCCAAUCGAGGAGCAUCGAAGAGGGGAGUGAAUGUGGAAACAGCGGCUCGGCGUACCGAUUGUAAAAAAGUUUGCCUGGAGACUCGAACGAGCACGGACGUGUCUCUCCUCGAGUUCCCGCGUUAUUAAUACGCAUACCUCGUGUGAUAGUGAUAACGGGCGCGUAAUUAAAAGAAUUUCGCGACACAACCCGCGAGCUAUCGCCAAUAGGCAUUUUUUCCGCGUAACAUUCGCGACGCGUUAAUUAUUGCGAAUUUCCGACACCGCGUUGUGCGAGAGGCGCGGCCGGAAGCAAUACGUGCGUGCGAUGCGUGAAAGGGCAUAGCCACCGCAAUUAUGUGCGUGCGUGAAUAAUCUGUUUGUAAAAUAAAGCAGAGUAAGGUGCAUAUCAAUAGUGUGGCAUAUUUAAUUAUCGUGCAACCCAAUAUCCUUCCCGGGCGAGUCCAUUGUCUAGCGUCGAUUGCAUCAUCCCACGCGGACGAGAGAGAACGUGAUCCCGAGGAUUGGACGAGGUCUACGAGAUACCCAAGCGACUCUACAAGCAUACGAGCGAGGGGAUACUCGGAUUUUUGACUGCAUCAGACGGAAUUCCGAAGCGGCCGUAGCGAGGGCAAGGCCGACCUUCCACCUUGGCGGCGAGGUAAAACACCGACCUGGCGACCGUGAUUUCAACAUAAAAGUAAGAUUUCAACAUUAAUACCGGGAUUUCUAUAAUUCUGACUGCAUGUCCGGUCACAGUAGUAAGGCAGCGUAGUGAGCAAAAGCGUAAGGGCAUAGGCGCGUAGUACCGAGAAACAACGAGCUUGCGGCGCGUUAACAAAGCUUAGAACGAUAAAAGUACGCGUGACGAAGGGCUCUUUGGUGACGAAGUGCAACAACCGAUCAACACCCAAACGACAGAAUAGCAACGCCUGCCGGUGGCGACCGUGACAGGACUUGUUUCGUUUCGUGAUAACGUUGUUACCAAAACAAUUUCGCGAUUAAUUAAAAGCGAAAGGUAGCGUUAGAUCGAUAGAUUCGCAUACUGAAACGACGUCAACCGAGAAUCGCGAAAGAUCCGAAAGCGAGAUAGGAUCAUAGCGAAAAUAAAAU